AACUACAUUUCCCAGGGUGCAUCUCUACUCGUUUGACACUGUAGCGUUCAUGGCGUCUGAUCGAGGUCUUGGGUCUGCUCCCCUUCUGACACAUAGAUAAACUGUCACAGUUUUAACGCAACUUGUCGCGAUGGAAGUGGCCCAGUCACUCGGUGCGGACGAGCAGACGCGUUUGACCCAGUUGAGGUUCGACGCCGCCGUCAAAGUCAUCAAGAGUUUGCCUCCGGAUGGUUCUUUUCAGCCAUCCAACGACAUGAUGCUUAAAUUCUACAGUUACUACAAGCAAGCCACCGUGGGCAGGUGCAACAUAGCGCGACCCGGAUUCUGGGACGCUGUCGGCAAAGCCAAAUGGGACGCGUGGAACUCCCUGGGUGAAAUGACUAAAGAGGAAGCAAUGGCAGCCUACGUUGAUGAAAUGAAGCUGAUUCUGGAGGGUAUGCCUAUGACAGGCGAGGUGGAGGAACUCCUGCAGAUCCUUGGACCCUUUUAUGAACUGGUGGACGAGAGGAAAAAGAUCACGCAGAUAUCCGACCUCAGCACAGGCUUCAGCACAACUCUGAGCAGCGUGUCGUCAAGGAACAUGGCCAAGAGCAUCGUCAGGACCAUGGAAAUGAAUGGCACGCUGGACGCCGGGCCCGCCAAGCCCGCCCCUAAGGACAACAAAGAAACAUCAGAGGAAGAAGACGAAGACGAUGAGGUCAGCAAAGCCUCGCAACCGAAGAAGAAAGCGUCACCGAGAGCGCACAAAGCUCAGAAUGGCAAAAUGGCCAACGGCGUGUCACAUUUGACAAACGGCGACCACUCGCUCACACCUCAGGACGUACCGGAUGCUCAACCUCUGCUCAACGGCCACCCCGCGGCUCCCCCCGCUUCAGAGGCCAGCGAGGACGUGACCGGCCCCGCCCAGCUUGCCAGCGACUCGGACAGCGAAGUCUAUUGUGACUCAGUGGACCAGUUAGGGCAGGACGAGAGCACUGAGCAGACUCGCUCUCUGGAAGACCUGGAUGAGGAGGUGGAGGUGGAGGAGGAUAAAGAGGAACCUGUGGACCGCGAGGAUCCGCAGGGAGUCCCGCAGGGCAUCAGGUGUGGCGGCGAGGACAGUGAUGCCGGCGGGAGCGUGACGCAGAGGUCCAGGCUCAACGUGGAAAUGCCAAACUCCGCCGUUGGAGGUGGCAGAGGCUCCAGGUCCCACGGCCGUGGCCUCGGUGCGCUGAAGCCCACCCACGGCAGCGGCGGAGACGACAACGCCGGUGGCGGGGGUGGCGGGGAGCGGCGGGCUGGAGCGGGCACGCCGGUGGGCAACCUGAACGAGCAGAUCGUGGCGGCACUGGCCCAACUGCAGGAGGACAUGCAAAGUGUCCUGGAGAGGCUCCACACGCUAGAGGCUCUCGCCGCCACGCAGGCCAGGUCAACAGUCAUGCCUCCUGUUCAUCCCUCCACACCAGCGAAUAAGAACAGUCUGAGACCAUCGUGGUGGCCUUUUGACAUUUCUCCCAGCAGCCUGGCCUUUGGCGUCAUGUGGCCCUUUGUGGUGCACUGGCUCAUCGGCCUCUACGUGCAGAGGAGGAGAAGACGACUGAACUGAAACAAACGAGGACGGCCGUGAAGAAGAGUCCCGGCCGUUGACUUUCAUGUGGUUUUGCCUAAACCGCUUGCUUUUGCACUAAGGAACAAGAAAGAAAUCUUGUGAGGAAACGUGCAUACUGAAGAAUGUGAUCAUGCAAUACAUUGUAUGUUGUUAAGGCGGUUUCCAUAGCAACUCUGGCUUACCCUGCGCAAAGCGGGCCUGAUACUGUCUUGAGCUUGAUGUGAUUUUAAUCUUUCACUUUAGUCGCCCGGAGCAAUGCUGCUAAAACACACACACAGGAAAAAAAAAUGUUAAGAAUUUAGUCGUGUAAUAGUAAGAUGCAUAAAUACUGUACCAUGUGACAUUCUUUGUAAUUAUGGCGUUGAUAGAUUUGCAAAAAAACAUUUCCCUUGAUUUCCAUGAGAAGUCAAAUGGGGGAAUUUGGGAAAUAGUCCGAAUUGGGAGACAUUUCAUGGCAACUGACGGCAGUUAAUUGAGAAAGUAUCAUAUUCAAGCAUAAACAUUACAAUGCAUGUAGUUUUGGAGUAAAAUUGUAUCAAAUACUCACCAAUCAAUUCCCAUCAUGUUAAGAAAUUAAGAAAUUAUGCAAACGCACCCCCUCGGCAUCCAAAAAAUGCCAACAAAGUCCCGUUCAAAAAUGUCUUCUUUAUUUCCAUGGGAUAUUUCCGCCUUUGAAAAUGUUGUCAUCUCUAAAUGUUAGUAAGUUCGUAUUUAUUGCUUUUAGCAGCUAAACAAUCGUGCGGCAUUUAGGUUCGUCCUGCUGGUCUUCACAUAGAAGUGCCUCGAUGUCAUUAGGUGCACAUGUAGCAAAUGGACCAAAUCAUAUCUACGACGAAUCCAGUACAUCCAUUCAACCCAAGCGAAAUCUCAUUUGCUUGCACUGCUACCAGAAAUUGUUUUUAUGUCUUGUGUGUUCUAAUAUAGUGACAACUCUUCAGUUUGCAGGUUCAAAUGCAAUAUUUUAAUUGCAUUAUCGCGUCAUUGAAAAGUAUAUUUACCAAGAUUGGCGUGGGCAAAAGCGCUUAUCUUUCAAAGAGCCAUUUAUGUUUCAAUGAUAAAAAAGUAUUGAUUACGUGAUAGUUUCUACUGAAUUAUAUGGCCGAGUGUUUGUUUGCAUGUCAUAAUCCAAGCCUCAAAUAAAAGUUUCAUAAGGCACAA